GCCCGGGCGGCGCGGCGCGGCGCGGCCCGGCCAUGGCGCUCUUCUGCAUCAACAGGUACGGCGGGGAGGAGGAGCAGGAGGAGGAGGGGGCCGAGGCGGAGGACCGAGCUCGGGUCCUGCUGGAGCGGCUGCGCCAGCAGGCGAAGGCCCGGCAGCUGAAGAAGCAGCAGGAGGCGCAGCCCGAGGGAGGGGAAGGCGAGCCGUCCAGAGGAGCCGGCCCAGGGGGCGCGGGGCUGAGCCCCGGGGAAGGAAGGAGAAGGAAGGGGGAGAGUGAAGAGCAGUCCUGUGCGCAAGGACAGAAGAAGCUAAAGAAGAAAAAACAGCCUCGCGGCCCUUCUGAAGAAAGGGCGGAUGCUGAGGAGGCAGCAGAUGGCAGCACUCCAUCGAAGCAGAAGAAGAAAGAAAAUAGAAGAAAAUCGAAAGUGCCUCAAGAGAGGACUGAAGCAGAUUCUGAAGAAGACAUCAAACAACAGGAAAACAGAAGCAACCUUAAAGAUAAGCCUUCUAAAAGGAAGAAGGGGGAUGAGGAAUCAGAGGGAGCUGAAACAAGGAAGAAAGAGAACAGUGAAAGAGCUGAAGGAAAUCAAAGCAUAAAGGAGGAGCUGUCCUUAGCAGCCUCAGAGGAAGAGGCAAAUCCUUCACCCUCCAGUUUGGUGGUUCUUGGAGACUACGACAGAAAGCCGGUGCAGAAGGUUCAGCCCUUCUUACCUCAGUGGCUUGCUCAACCCAAACUAGUCCAAAAACGUAUCAAAGAUAAUCUAGUUCCAGUCAGAGAUGUCCCAGGAAUUCAUCCCCGGCUGUUGAAAAAGCUGCAAAUGAAUGGGAUAGAGUCCUUUUUUCCAGUUCAGGCAGAGGUGAUUCCUGCUAUUCUACAGAGUGCAUCCAAUGGGUAUUUGAUGGGGCAGGGAGGAUACCGCCCCAAAGACAUCUGCGUCUCAGCACCUACUGGCAGUGGUAAAACCCUGUCUUUUGUCAUACCCAUAGUACAGGUUCUGCUAGAUCGAGUAGUUUGCCAAGUACGAGCUCUGGUUGUUCUGCCCACCAAAGAACUGGCACAACAGGUGAGUAAAGUGUUCAACAUUUACACUGAUGGGACAGGUCUGAAAGUCGUUUUGAUUACUGGCCAGAAGUCUUUUGCAAAGGAGCAGGAGAUGCUUGUCCAGAAAAAAGUGACAGGCUACUGCAGCCUGGCUGAUAUUAUUGUGGCUACACCAGGGCGGCUCACAGAUCACAUUAGCCAGACCCCGGGGUUCAGCCUGACGCAGCUUCGCUUCCUGAUUGUAGAUGAAGCUGACCGUAUGAUCGAUGACAUGCACCAGAAUUGUCUGAACCAAAUCAUCAAAGCUGCGUUCCAAGUAGAAAAUGACACUGGCUCCAACAUGCUUUUUCAGAGGACCAAGCCAGGGCCUAUAACAGCAGCCAGCUCCUGCUAUCCUCAGAUACCCCUACAGAAACUGCUGUUUUCAGCCACGCUGACCCAGGACCCAGAGAAACUGCAGCAGCUGGACUUAUUCCAGCCUCACCUCUUCACGUCUGUCUAUUCUGAGAAAAAAACACUCGGAGAUGGAACAGAGACUGAACAAGAUACUAAUAAGAAAUACACACUCCCCGAGGGACUAUCGCAAUGUUAUGUGCCUUGUGACCUGAAUUCCAAGCCUUUGCUCCUCUUGCAUUUCAUGCUGACAAUGAAAUUUACCCGCGUGCUGUGCUUUACCAACUCCAGGGAAGCUUCUCACAGAUUGUUCCUGCUGGUUCGAGCCUUUGGUGGAGUCACUGUGGCUGAAUUUUCUUCUCGGUUACCUCCAAAUGAGAGACAGAGAACCAUGAAGGAAUUUGAACAAGGAAAAAUACAACUGUUAAUCAGCACAGAUGCCACUGCACGAGGGAUUGACAUUAAAGGAGUGAAUUAUGUAAUAAACUAUGAUGCGCCGCAGUUCAUCAGGACUUACAUUCACCGAGUUGGAAGAACGGCUCGUGCAGGAAAAGUGGGCGUCGCUUUCAGCUUGGUCCUCAGAAUUCAGGAACGUAGGUUUCUGCGAAUGUUGAAGGAUGCCGGCAUCCAAGACAUAAAGAAGCACCCAGUGAAGGGCAACUCAUUAAAGCCGUUGGUGCAGCAAUACGAGGAAGCUCUGUGUAAGCUUGAGAAGACAGUCAAGAACGAGCGAGCACAGAAACGAGCCUGAAUGAAUGGAAGUUGAGAAGGUUGUCUUUCAUGGCACUGAAGCUGCUGAGCAGGAUCGGUCAUGGACUACUACCCAGCACGGUAACAAUGAGACGUGGUCCCUGAACGGAGCUGAGCGGUUGGCGCCUCAACCUUAUUGUAUCCGAAGUCAGAUGUCACAGGCCUCAUUCCCCUUUCAAGGACACUGCGAACAGAGUUCAGUUACUGGUUUAAAAAAAUAUAUAUAAAUAAAUUUUGAGAUAUAGUUGUCUCGAAGAGGACUUUGCAUCCUAUCCUACUGGCAUAUGUAAAACUACCACCAGUGAAGAGAAGAGCCAUGACACAGCUCUUGAGCAUGGGCCUGAUGGAACUGCGGGUCUCCAAAGGUGAGGGCUGUGCCCUUCUUGCCUCUGAACGGGGACAACUAGUGGUUCUGUCUUACUGCACAAGCAGCUGUAUCUGCAAAUGCAUAAACACCUAUACAGUGCCGACAGCAGAAGUGUGUUUGAAGAGCUGCUCUAGACUGAACUGCAACUUUUAAAUAAAUACUAUAUAUAUUUUUAAAAGUGUCUAAUAAAUAUUCUUGGGUACAGGGAUGGAGAUAGUAUUGAAGGGAUUUUUUUGCUUCUGCAGUCUUGUGCCUUUCUUGUCAUGUUCUUGCCUAUGUUGUGUCCUUGCAACAUUUAGUACCAGUGGUAACAGCAGGUGUUAAUGCAGGUGAAAAUGAUGUCUAACAUGAAUAUACUGGAGUCAGCU